UAGUUGAACCAAAGUGCCGCACCUUCGAGCUCUCCUUAGUCUCUUUCAUAAGUGUGGAUGGUGACAAAGAAAAAAAUAAAAUCUUGGGAGUAUUAAUAAUUAUCGUAGGUUACGCGAAAAAAAGUGUACGGAAAAUAUUGUUUAUCAUUGUGCAUCAUGUGACGACAACGAGAGACACGCGAGUGUAGUUUUAUAUAAAGUUAAUUUGUUCGUUCGACAUUGGACCAAUUCAUAAAACAGGUAAACUUCUUUUCAAACGAUGGCUAUACAUCUUCAAGAAGUGGUAAGAUCGGAAGUGGAAGGUGGUUUAUCAGGGCCGGCUAAUCCAAUACCCAGCCAAUCGAUGGAUUGUGGAUGUAGACAAUUACCAUGUCCAAAAUUAGCAAAAUUUGCAACAAGACGUAUGUUCGUUGGAUUAUUAUGUUGGGUCGGCCUUUUUCAAGCUGCUUCAUCAACAUAUUUUUAUAUUAUUGGUCCUACGAUAGCAAGAAGGUUUCAAUUCAAUCCUUAUUUGAUAGAUUGGGUAUUGGUAACCUCAGAAUUAACACCUUUUUUUCUUGGUCUGAUCGUUGCAUACUGGGGUGACAAAAUUCACAGAGCAUCAUGGAUAGGUGCUUUGGUAUUAUUGCAAUGUGCUAGUUAUGUGAUAUUGAUAAUACCACAUCUAACUCAUAAAGUUAGAAUUAUCGAAGAAACGUUGAAUGUCACGCAUAUGUCUCUAUACGCAGACGAUAGUCCAGAUUUAUGUUCGGCCAGUACAUCCAGGCUAAUAGUGGAAGAGGAUGACACGUGUUAUUUCACUCUAGCGAUCUUAAUUUUGGUACAAGUUUUAAUAGGUAUGGCUAAUAUAGCCUACUAUGCACUGGGUAUAUCCUAUCUCGAUGAUAAUACCAAAAAACAGCAUGUAGCGGGAUUUUUUGGUAUCAUAAUCGCAGUGAAAGUCAUCGGUAUUCUUCUGGGAUACAUUCUCGCUUGGGGUUGUCUUCGGGUAGACGCGGAGGAUUUGAAAAUCGUGGAAUCUUAUCAAGAACAGAUAGGUGCUUGGUGGCUUGGCUUUCCCAUACUCGCAAUAGCCAUGAUAAUUCCUGGUUUAUUUCUCUCGUGGUUUCCUAGAAGAUUACCUUCUGAGGUAGUGGAACAGGCAGCUGCUUCGAUACUCGAUCGUGCGGGUACACUAACUCUUCAUCGUCUAAAAUCAAUCGAUCAUAAAAUUGGUACUCCAAACUUUUGUGCGAUGCUCAGAAGGCUGAUUAUAAACAAGAUAUUGAUAUGCAAUAUUCUCGCUUCGGCCUUUUGUGCCACUGCUCUCUUGAAUUUCAUGACACACGAGAAUAUCAUUCUGGAAUCUAGAUAUCAAAUACCCAGACCCACAGGAAUGUUGCUCGGAUUUGGGGAUCCCUUUCAUUCUAGAUUAAUCUCGACUAUUUUGAAACCAGUUUUGAUUGGACUGAUCAUAAUUAUAUCUGGAUUGGUAUUGUCCAAAGCUAAGCCACGAGCAACAUUUAUAGCCGGUUACAACUUCAUUAUGACAGUUUUAGCAACUAUUACAAUAUUUGCUUUGGUAUUUGCAUAUUGUGAUAUGCUACCAAUUGUUGGGAUGAAUAAAAGAUCUAUCACUUUGUUGAAAUACUGCAACAAGGAUUGCCGUUGCUCGAGAGAUUCCGAUUUUCGGCCAACCUGCGACACUAGAGGCAUGUUCACAUUUUAUACGCCUUGUCACGCUGGUUGUACAUCUAUAAACUACAUAGACAAUGUCAAGAUCUAUAGUGGUUGCAGUUGCGUCGAAGAUAUGACGGGACAAGGAAACCUAGAUGCUAAGGACGGUCCAUGUGGCUCGUCUAGUUGUCAAAUCGGAUGGCUAGCCUUUGAAUUUGGUACUUUGCUCAGCUAUGCUUUGAUCGCUUCCACUUUCGUUGGUGAUCUAUUGAUCAAUCUCAGAUCAGUCUAUAGACAAGAUAAAGCGAGUAGCAUAGGAUUUUGGAUGAUGUGGGUUGCACUUUUUGUCAAUGUACAGGGCAAGAUUCUUUAUCAAACGAUUGCAAAUAUGACAUGUAUACAUUGGGGUAAUAAAAGGACUAUAUGCCAUCUUCACGACAAUAAAAAACUUGGAAAUUAUAUGUUCCUCUUGACGACUGUGCUACUAGUUAUCUGCAUGUUUUUUAAGAUUUUGGUAUGGAUUUUCUGUAGAAAUUUAAUGAUAUAUGGUAAAUCGGUAAAAGAAAACGAAGAAGAUAAGGCCCAGGAAUUGAUGCCAAUUCAACAACCUUCGACGAAUUCCGAUAAAUCUGGUAACAACGGUAUCGUUACAUGUCCACAAUUUUUCGAAACUACAGAAAAAGAAGCAGUACAAGAUACAGCUAAACCAAAGACAAAAGAAGAAGAAGAUGAUGAGGAAUCGAAACGUCCUUUAAUAUACGGUCCUUUGGGUCCAGGAAAUCGACGAAAGACCAGUAACGACGUACCAGUUCAACAGGAUCGUCUUAGAAAACAGAAAACUCGAAAUCUUGAAACGGACGAUGAGUUCGAUAGUUCCAGCGACGAAAGUAAGAAGAAUUCUAGCCCUAAGAUCGCUUAUAAACCAUUGGAACUAGACUCGGACGUUGAAGGCGAUCUUGGAAGUACAGCAGCAAGAUCACGAAAGCGUGUCCUUAGUAAGGAUUAUGAUGAAUUCACGGAAAGAUCGAGCUCGUCGUUGAGCUCGAAAAGACGAGAAUUUCCAAAUCCAGAUGAUUACGGAGAUCCAAGAUCGAUAAGGAGCGCUUCUACGAAGGAUCGAAAAGCAUAUGAAGAUGGAUCAUCUAAAACAAGUAGUUUUGAGUAUUCCAAGACGGAGAGAUUCAAGAAAGGAGACUUCAAUGAAGUUGGUAUACCAAUAGUCGAAUAUCAUCCUCAAAGUUCCGAUAAUUCGACUGGAAAAGAUUCUAUAUUCUUGAAAGACGUCAAAUCGUUGAUAAGCAAAUACGAACAACAUUCGAGCCAAGAAAAAUUGGAGGAUGAUCGAGUGUCUAUCAAAUCGGCUGGCAAGACUGGUAUUCCUCUCGUUGCUAUGACUCAACCCAGACUCUCUUCUGGGCAAGCCUCCUCAGGAUUUGGCAGCUUGAGGGAAAGCUCCUCCGAUCCUCGAGGAACUCCCAGUCCAAAGAACUCUUCUAUCAAGGGUAGCAAAGGGGCACUCUGUACCGAUUUGUGAAUUAUUUAUGUUUCGUGAAACCACGAGUACACAUACAUACAUACACAUACACGUUGAGGUCACCUUCGAUCUCUGUCGAACUAUUCUCUCGUCGAUAUCCAAAUUUUCGUUGCUUACGAUUAUCGAAUCGUAACUAUAAUACGAUAAUUGCAAUUUUAUAUUUUAUAUUUAUUGUUCAAUUAAAAUUUAUUAUGUC